CUCUUCUGUGAGAGCAAUUAGAAGUUAGUGUUCCGUGCAAGCGGAGAACCGAGUGGUAUCGCAUCUACACAAAGUAUUUUCCAUGGUAGUUGAGCUUUCCAACCCACCGAGAUUCUUAAUCACAUAACAAAAUACAACUGGCGCAAAAAUGGAGAUGAUUCCAUCAGAUCCAGAUGAUGUAGUGUUUAGAGAGCUACCAUACAGACAGAAAGCCAAGAGGAUUAUAACAGCACUUGCCGCUCUAAGUGUGCUGCUUAUCAUUAUUUGUGCUAUCUUCAUUGUGUUAUUUGCGAUGGAGAAAACAAAAUCUCAAGAGAAAGGAGAAUUAUGGACUGAAAAAUCAGUACAAAAGACCUGUGCCUCAAAAAAAUGCUUGUUCGCUGCUGUUGACAUGUUAAAGCAGCUCAACCAGACCGUGGACCCAUGCUAUGACUUUUACGAAUACGCCUGUGGAGGUUGGGAAAGUGAGAAUGCUUUGGAGCCCGGGGAGACCCACGUUACUGGAUUCUCAUUGGUAAAAGAGAAAAGUUACGAAGUCCUUUAUGAAGCACUGGUGAAUGCAGAGAAAAAUUACUCAACCAACGAAGCUGUUAUGAAGACAGUCAAGUUUUACAACGUCUGUAUUGACGAGGACGCGGUUGAGACCCGAGGAGAUGAUCCGCUCAAGAAGCUGAUUGACAAGAUGGGUGGAUGGAAUGUAACGGGUAGCAUGACGCCUCUUUCGUCCAUGAACAUCAUAGAGAGAAUUGGAAAAGUGUCCAGGGAACUGUUUAUAAAGCCAUUUGUUGAUGUGAAAGUGUCUGUCGAUCCCCAUGAUUCAAAUAAGCACAUUGUACAGUUUCAAAUGGGAAAGCUCGGAAUGCUUCCGUCAUACUACAGAACGAAUACCCGCGAUUAUCAAACCAUUAGGGAAGCUUAUAAGACGUACAUGAAGACAAUCGCCAAAUAUCUGGGAGGAGGUGCAGACUCUGAUGACCAGAUGAUGAAAGUUUUUGACUUGGAGACGAAGAUAGCCAAUCUGGGUCAAGAUGGCGAAGACGGCUCCAUCAUAGAAAAGUUAAAGAAAGACUUGCCACCAGGAGCGAUUGUCGGGGACUACAGGUUAACAAUGGAACAGAUCAGCGAAACAACAGAGAUAGACCUUAGAGAAAUUGUUGCUCUGCUAAACGCUGUUUUUAAGAGGCAAAACCGUAAAUUCCAGAAAGACGAGAAAGUGAUUGCAUACCCCCCAAAGUAUUACGCGGAGCUCUUUUCGCUGUACCAGAACGUCUCCAAAUCAUAACACAAAUGACAGAGUUGAUCAAAGAAGAAUUUAUAAGCGGCCUCGACUCAUUGGAAUGGAUGUCUUCCUUGAC